GCCCGGACUCCCGGGUCCCCUCCAGCUCCGAGGGUUGCAGAGGGCUUUCGGGUAACCAGCAUGGGACCCUGGAAUGGCAUAAGGGCCACUUGUUCUGAAAUUAUUUUGAGGCAAGAAGUUUUGAAAGAUGGAUUCCAUAGAGACCUUUUAAUCAAAGUGAAAUUUGGAGAAAGCAUUGAGGACUUACAGACCUGCCGACUCUUAAUUAAACAGUACAUCCCAGCAGGACUUUUUGUGGAUCCAUAUGAGUUGGCUUCAUUACGAGAGAGAAACAUAACAGAGGCAGUGAUGGUUUCAGAAAAUUUUAAUAUAGAAGCUCCUAAUUAUUUGUCCAAGGAAACUGAAGUUCUCAUUUAUGCUAGACAAGAUUCACAGUGCAUUGAUUGUUUCCAAGCCUUUUUGCCUGUGCACUACCGCUAUCAUCGGCCACAUAGUAAAGAUGGAGAAACCUUUGUCAUAGUCAAUAACCCAGAUUUGUUGAUGUAUUGUGACCAAGAGUUCCCAAUUUUGAAAUGCUGGGCACAGUCAGAAGUGGCAGCUCCUUGUGCUUUGAAGAAUAGGGAUAUCUGCCAGUGGAACAAUAUGAAGUAUAAAUCAGUAUAUAAGAAUGUGACUCUACAGGUUCCAGUGGGACUGACCAUACAUACCUCUUUAGUAUGUUCUGUAACUCUGCUCAUUACAAUCCUGUGUUCUACUUUGAUCCUUGUAGCUGUUUUCAAAUAUGGCCAUUUUUCCCUAUAAGUUUUAUGCAGUUAAGUGCUUUCUAUAAAUCUAAAUAAGACCUAGUCAUUUGUGACUACAGGUGUUCUUUUAGAAUUUACUUAUUACUUUUGUCUUCAUUUAUGGCUGAAAUUAUGUUUACCAGAGGAAAUUUUGGAUCAUUCUCAGCUAAUUCCAAAAUUUAGUGCUCUGUUGCGUAGACCCUUGAUAAUCCUGAAGCAUCAAGUGGCAAUAGAGGAAACUUAAUUCUGUUGAAUUAAUAUAUAUUUUGUGAGAAGUUGAUUUUAUCUUCAUUUGGGAUAGAAAAAUGAGUUCUUUAUUUACUGGGAAACAAAUUAUUCCUAUUUUGUGAAUAGAAAGCUUUCAAUUUAAGCUAAAAAUUGAAACCACCAUUAUAAAUAAGAAUAAAAUAAUUUGGAUGAAGAUCAAUUUUAUUUAAAUGUAAAUUUCAUAAGAAUAUUAAAGCUACUUUUCCAGAGUUUCAAAGAAAAUCAUUAAAGUAGAACAGCUAGGAAAUUAUUAAUAUGAAAAUUGAUUAUUCCAUUUUAAAACCCAGG